AUGCCGAGACACAUUUUGCCAGGUGUGGACGGGGACGUCCUUCAUGAUGAUACUGCCUUCGUGUCUACAGCACUGCUGACCCUAUUGGUCUUAAUGACUACGCUGGAAGCCGUUGUGUUGAUUGUCUGCACAGUCUACGGUUGGUUCAAGUUUCCUUUUUCUGAUUUCCGAUGGAUUGACGAAGAAGAAGAGAACGACGACAUGUUGACGGCAGGUGUUGAUGCGUCUGGAAAGGCCGGCAAAGAGGUGGACCGCCACGUUCAAAUAGCCGAUUCGCUAAUGGAAAAAGUCGUUUCGGAUUUGCACGGGCAACAGGAAUGUCCAAUUUGCUUGAAUGAAUUCCAAUGCAAUGAAGUCGUCGUAACACCCAAAAGGGAAUGUGGACACGCAUUUCACAACAAAUGCCUGCAUCGAUGGCUCAUGGCUCAAUCUAGCUGCCCCUGUUGUCGAGAGAAAUUGCUAGAGGCACCAGUUUGCGAAAGGAAGCAUACGCACCUCCAGCACCACCAUUCGGAUGAAAAUCAUUUGUCGUCCAGCAUGGUCACGUCGUCGACCAAUGACGGGAGUAUUCCAAUGUCGAUGGCAAUGCCAUGGACGACUCCUGAAGCGAGACCGUCUUAUGUUCCAAUAGAAGAAGCUUGGGGAUUUUGCCUCUUUUUGUUUUGA